AUGAGAAUCGUCAUGUCGACUGACGCUGUCCUCCGACCGACUCCUGACGUUCUUGCAGAACUCCGUGAAAAGCACCCCGAGAGCGACCCACCCCUUGUAGUUCGCUCCGAUCCGCCCCCUCAAGCGGCCGCCCGCAUUACUCGGGAAGAAGUCUUCGCUGCCGUUCACAGCUUCCCAAAGGGAUCUGCCGCGGGGCCGGAUGGGUUAAGACCGCAGCACCUUGCAGAUAUGGUCGGAGCCAAGCUGGACGCCCACUCCGCCCCCCUGUGCGACGCUCUGGCGACCGUCAUGAACAUCGCCGUCGACGGAAACAUUCCCGCUGAAAUACGCCCUACAUUUUUUGGUGGCAAACUGAUCGCCUUAAGAAAGAAGGAAGGCGGGUUGCGCCCCAUCGCGAUUGGGAUGACCCUCCGGCGGUUGACAGCUAAGAUAAUUUGCGCCCGACUAAAAGACCGUUCAGCAGCCAUUUUGUCUCCGCAACAAUUGGGAGUGAACGUGCGCGGCGUAGCAGAAGCGAUUGUUCACGCGACCAGGAAAUUUCUCGAAUCCACUGGCGACACGACCAAGGUUGUUCUCAAGGUGGAUUUCAAAAACGCCUUCAACACCUUGUCUCGUGAAGCCGUUUUGACCGCAGCGAAAGAGCGCUUUCCAGAGUAUAGCGAUUUUCUCACCGCCGCCUACUCAACCCUCUACGUGGACGACCUGACAUUAUCGUCGGAAUCCGGUGUCCAACAGGGCGACCCACUAGGCCCGCUGCUGUUCAGCCUCGCACUGCACCCACUGGUAUCCUCGUUGAACACCGAACUCAACGCAUGGUUCUUGGACGACGGGACCAUGGGCGGAGCUCCGGCGACAGUGGCGGAUUGUUUCAGCCGGAUAACUGAACGCGCUCGUGCUAUCGGACUGCAGGUCAAUGAAGCCAAAUGUGAACUACUUGUUUUUGGUGGAACACUCGAUUCGCAGCGAAAUGUCACAGCGGAAUUCAUUGACCGUUUCCCGCGAUUGCGCAUUUUGUCGGCGUCUACCCUGUCCCUGCUUGGCGCGCCUGUUCUAGAUGAAGCAAUUGGCCCGCUACUCAUCGAGAAAGCCAGCACCUUGAAGGUGGUGUGCGAACGGCUCCAGCUGCUUCCCAGCCACCAAGCACUGUUCCUACUGAAGAACUGUCUCGGCGCCCCGAAAAUCAUUUAUAUGUUGCGGUGCUGUAAUGCAUGGAAAUAUCCCGCCCUGCUAUAUCAGCUGGAUGAAACGAUGCGCGAUUGUUUCCAGAAUUUGUCAAACGUACGAACAAACCACAACGACUACCCGCCUUGGCGUCAGGCAACCCUGCCGGUUAGCAGAGGUGGAAUUGGCAUUCGUCGGUCGGAAGAAUUAUCUUUACCAGCCUUCUUGGCUUCGAUUCAUUCCGUAUCCGGCUUGCUCUCUUCAUUACUGCCUGACCACGGUGUUGUCGAUGUUUCUGGUGCAGUGGAGUCAUGGAAACUGAAAGCCCGCCAGCCUGAGAUUCCCGAGUUAGCAUACCGGAAGUCCCAAAAGGCUUGGGACUUGCCAUUAUGCAACGUUUCCCUCUUCUCCCUGCUCGAGGUGUUUCAGGGUGACGAGAUAAAUACAGCGCGCCUGCUUGCUCAGUCCAGACCUGAAGCCGGGAUCUGGUUGAACGCCCUGCCAUCCGCUCACAUUGGUAACCUGCUGGGCGACGACGAAUUGAAGAUCAGCGUUGGUCUCCGCCUCGGCGCCACGAUCUGUGAACCUCACGACUGCGUCAAAUGUCUCAAACCCGUGGAUGGUUACGGUCACCACGGGCUGUCAUGUGUUUUCUCCGCCGGAAGGCACCCGCGCCACGGCGGGCUUAACAGCAUCAUCUGCCGAGGAUGUGUGUCCGCCGGUGUGCCCGCAAAACUGGAGCCGCGUGGAACCUCUCACACUACGGAACGCCGCCCGGACGGUUGCACGACAUUUGCAUGGAAACGCGGGCUGUGUCUCGCAUGGGACGUGACAUGUGUAGACACGGUUGCGCCGUCACAUGUCAAAGCAACUUCGACCACAGUGGGAGCGGCCGCCGUGCAAGCUGAGGAUAAGAAAUCCAGACUCUAUAUUUACCUAGCUGGCCGUUACCUAUUCGUUCCAAUAGCCUUUGAAACCAUGGGCCCAUGGGGACCGUCAGCAAUCGCAUUUAUCAAAGAACUGGGAAGAGACUUCAGCAGCAAACUGGCGAAGCACGCUCGCAUGAAUUUUUAA